AUGAAUAUAGCUUCACUGGCUCAGAAAAUGUUGAUGGAGUCGUCAAAAAGAGGCUCGAUUUGUGAUAAGGGUAUGAAAACAGCAAGAAUCAUUCAUCCAUCCACUUACAAGCCCCUCGGUCCACCGGGUCUGGUGCCAAGUCGACGUCGACUCGAGCGCCAAGAACGCUCCAAAUGGAGCCUCCUCUUUGGACCCAGAUCCUCUCUCCUUCGUGCCUCAAGUAGCGAAACUGGCUCAUCUAUUAUUAGCGAUCCACAGUCAACUGACAAGGCUAUCGACUCGAUUCCCCUCUCGCAGUCAGACGAGCUCAUCAUCGACUCCAACCAGAGCUCCGUAGCUGAGACCUCAACGACUGAGGCGCGUGACCAGCAGCGUUCCGCCAACUGCUCACGAGUAUCGAAAAAGACUACUACAGGGCGAACUCGUUCUAAAUUCACAGGUGGAACUCUACCUCCAGUCUACAUUCCCGUCGCCUCUAUGGAAGCUGUUAACACCAGGCCAGUCGUUAUUCUUGGAGAUCUAAAGCACAACAUAUCCGAGGAUCUCCUUUCAGAGUUCCCUGAUAAUUUCAGCACUUGUGUUCCACAUACAACGCGUCAUCGUCGCCAUGGUGAAGUUGAUGGUCAGGACUAUCACUUUGUCAAAUCGCGGUCCAGAAUGGAAUCAGAAAUCCAGCUGAAUCGCUACGUCGAAGCAGGCGAAUACAACGGCAAUCUCUACGGCACCCAUCUACACUCUGUCUUCAAGGUGGCCUCCAUGGGUUUACACUGCCUCCUUGACGUUGGUACAAUGGCAUUACAGCGGUUGACGGCAGCCGGUCUUCCUCCAAUCGCAAUUUUCGUUCUUCCUACUCCUCCAACUCAAUUGAAGGGCAUCGUCAAUCCAAGUAGAGCCAUCACAAAGGAGGAAGGAAGUUUCCACAGCCGAUUCCAAAAGAGAUGCGAAAAGAGCUUUGCAUUUUUGAAGGAACAUUCCUCCCUUCUAACAGCCAUUUUAGCUGCCGACGACUACGAUAAGAUUACGAAGAGGAUUUACAAGAUAGUACACGACAACAAAGGACCCAACGUGUGGAUUGCCUCCGGUGAUUUUCUUCCAUAA